AUGGCUCCCUCUGCACAACUGGAAGAUGCCGUCCAACAGCAACCGCCCGGAAAGACGCCCCUGGAGUUGAUAUCUCAGGGCACUUGCCUUCCGGGCAUCCCCAAGCACCCUACGUUUCACGCUCACAGACAAUGGCUUCUUGAGCAGAUGGCGCUUGCUUUCCGGGUCUUCUCACGCAAAGGCUACACAGACGGCAUGGCCGGCCACAUCUCAGUGCGCGACCCCGAGCACCCCCACACGUUUUGGACAAACCCUCUGGCCGUACACUUUGGGCUGCUCAAGGCGAGUGAUAUGAUCCUCGUUGACUAUCAGGGGAAGCCGAUUGGUGGGAACAUGAGCAAGCCCGCCAACGCGGCUGGGUUCCUAAUUCACAGUGCUGUGCACAAGGCGCGACCGGAUGUUGUCGCCGCAUGUCAUACCCAUAGCCCGCAUGGCAUGGCGUGGAGCGCGUUUGGGCGACCACUGGAGAUGCUCACGCAGGAUGCUGCCUAUCUGUAUGGAGAAGCCCAGGCCGUGUAUAAGGACUUCGGGGGCGUUGUCCUCACCGAGGAGGAGGGCGACCGUAUCGGAGCUGCACUAGGUCCAAAGGGAAAGAGCAUGAUCUUGCAGAACCAUGGUCUUCUCACAGUCGGCACAACAGUAGAGGAGGCCUGCUUCUUGAUGACUCUCAUGGAGCGCGCGUGCCAGUGCCAGCUUCUAGCCGAAGCUGCGGCGGCAAACGGGCUCCCUAAGGUUCUCAUUCCUGAAGAAAGCGCCAAGUUCACAUUUGAUAAUUCAAGUGACCCAGAGACACUAUACUGGGAGGGGCACCCGGAUCUGCAGUACGAAGCAUACAAGUCCCAGGGCGAAUAUCGGAACUAG